AUGCCUCAGAUUGUGGAUUGGCUGCAUUAUCGUAUUGUUGAUGUCUCUUCAAUCAAGGAACUUUGUCGUAGGUGGUAUCCUUCUUUGAAAGUUUCACGAGAUAUCUACAAAGAGAGCAAUCACCGUGCCUUGGACGACAUCCGCGGAUCUAUCCGAGAGUUGCAAUGGUAUCGCCAAAACCUGUUCGUACCUCCCAAUGCGGCGCAGUCCCCUAGCAGCCGUGGCCUGUAG